AUGUUACUCCACGACAGUUUCAAGUGGACAGCAAGCGCCGAGACAGCGUACGCAGAAAUCAAAAGUGCAUUGAUUUCACCACAGGUGCUAAUGCAGUACGAUCCGGAGCUUCCAUUACUGCUAGCAACGGAUGCCAGUAGUACAGGACUGGGGGCGGUGUUGUCGCAUCGUCUGAGUGAUGGAGUGGAAAGACCGAUAGCUUAUGCCAGUCGAACGUUAAGCACGACAGAGCAGCGCUACCCACAAAUGGAUAGGGAGGCCCUUGCGAUAGUUUGGGCUGUGCAGAAAUUUGUCAUGUACCUGUAUGCACAUCACUGGACAUUAAUAACUGACCACAAGCCGCUGUCACAGAUACUACAUCCAGAAAAAUCGCUUCCGACGCUUUGCAUUAGCCGUAUGGCCAACUACGCCGAUUUUCUGGGAAACUUCGAUUUCGACGUUGUUUUCAAACGAACGAAGGAAAAUGUCAAUGCAGACUACUGUUCCCGUGUUGUUCCAGGGUUUGGAGUAAACCUAUUGAGAGAGGUGACUAUCGGACGAGACGAACAGUUCGAUGCAUUCGAUUGUUUUAUGUUGCAUCAAAUCCAACAGCUACCAAUCCAUGCUCAACGAAUCGCCCAGGAAAAACGGCGAGAUGACGUCUUGGGCAAGAUUCUUCGCGCUCUCGAGGAGGGCCAAUCUUUGGAACGUGUAGGCUUCAAGUCCCCCGAAAUCAACUACAAAACUGCAGCUGGAUGUCUAGUAUAUGAACACAGGGUGGUAGUACCGCGCUCUUUGCAGGAAGCUGUACUGAAGGAUUUACACGUCGGACAUCUAGGAAUAGUGAAGAUGAAGGGGCUGGCGCGAUCGUUUAUUUAUUGGCCCGGAAUCGAUGCGGACAUCGAGUGCGCUGCAAAGGAGUGUCAUGAAUGUGCCAAAAAUGCCAACGAUCCUCCAAAGUUUCGCGAUCACGUGUGGGAGUACCCGAAGGCGCCGUGGGAGCGCAUUCAUAUAGAUUAUGCUGGGCCGUAUCUUGGAGUGAUGUUACUCAUAAUCACGGACGCGUAUAGUAAGUGGAUCGAGGUGAAGGUUACCAUCAGCAUGACCGCUAGUGCUACAAUUGCUCUCCUAGAUGAACUUUUUGCAGCGUAUGGAAUAUCUACAACUAUUGUUUCAGAUAAUGGAACUAAUUUUACAUCUACUGAGUUCAAGACUUAUCUUCGGAUGGUAGGCGUAAGGUAUCACAAGUUAACUGCUCCGUACCACCCAUCAACCAAUGGACAGGCCGAGCGUUGUGUCCAGACAGUGAAGAAUGCUUUGAAAGCAAUGGAUACAACGAGAAGCAACAUUCAACUCAAUUUGAACGAGUUUCUUCGACAAUACAGAAGAGCACCUCAUUCUACUACUGGUCAACCGCCAUGUCAACUGUUUCUCGGUAGGAACAUUCAAACACGCCUGAAUCUACUGCUGCCAGCGGAUCUCACUACAAGAAUCUGCCAACAACAGAAAAAUAAGUUGGAUUCAUCGUUUCGUGAGUUUGGCGUCUCCCAGCCAGUUUAUUUUCGGUCUUUCAACCCACUGAUGGAUAAAUGGGUCUCCGGUGUAAUUUCGGCUCGCUUAGGAGACUUGCACUAUCAGGUUGACUAUAAUGGCAAAAAGUGUAAACAGCAUAUCGAUCAGCUCCAGAAUCGCGUACCUGGUUUGCCGAGAAAUGGCUGUGGUAUGAGUGACAAACCAGAUCCAUAUUCUUCACGAUUUGCGUUGGAAUCAACACCAAUCGACGGUUCCACUACAGCCGGUCUUCAGGAACAGCCAUCAUCACCCCAGGUAUCAACAAACAGUGGUGGUGAGCAGUUCACCACCCCGAGCAUCACCCGCGAUGCUAGCGGAGUGGUAACACCUCCAGCAGCUCCACGAAGGUCGACAAGAGCCAGGAAGCCACGAAUCAUAUUCUCGCCAGAUGGCCGUUAA